AUGGCAAAUGCCUUGUUCUUGCUAUAUCUUACAAAAUGGUCGAUUACACAAUUGUUCUCAUUAAACUUAUAUUAUUCUCUAAUUCAUUCCACGACUGCCGAGAAAAAUAUUACAUUAUUAUCUCGCUCGAAACGUCAUUUCAUUAUAUCAUUACUAGAAAACAUGGCUGAAUUAAUGCCCAAACGGAAAAACACAAAUGACGAUGUUUGGGAUACAAAACAGUAUGGUCAUUUUAUAUCGGAUAAUGUUGCUCUGUUCAACCGAGAUAUUGAUAGAAUGAAGAAAACCAAUACAAACAGUGAUCGUAAAAAACAAGCCUGGAACUUUUUUCGAAUACAUACGAUGCCCGUAAUCGCGCGAACAAGGAAGAUAAUGACACCGCCUAUCUACUACACAGUUCAUGCAACAGCCUACAAUUCUCUUCACAAAAGCAAACAUUACAGAGAAAUAUCAACACUAUUACAUCAUUCUUAUACGAGGAAAACCAUUCGUCUGGAAGUUUUCUCACUUGAGCAAUAUCAGUUCCGAAAAAAUUCUCAAACUAAACAAUUAGCAUCAGAAAUCGCUCUUGCUCACAAACCACUCUCUACUAAAAAAAAUCCAAAAUACAGUUUUUCAAAACAUCAUACAACAAGACAAGAAGAAAAACAUGAAAAACAUAUUGUUCAUGACAAUUCUCAACAAUUGCAAAAUGAUGUAGCUACUAUUCAUUAUCAACAACAAAAAUCAACAAACUUUCUAAAUAUUCAACCAUAUUUGAUCACACGACAAUAUAAACAAUUGCCCCAUGCACAGAAAUAUCAAUUAAAACAAAAUCGAAAACAUCUACAUCGAUUACAAGCUAAACAGCGAAAACAACUUCAUCGUCAAAGAAUACAAUCAGUAGAACAUCAUCAAACGGUUAUAAUUAAAUAUCACAAAACAAAACAUUAUAUAACACAUCCAAUUGUGACCAGAAGUUAUGGAAAACAACCAUCAGACUCACGAGACUACCAUAAAAAAAAUUAA